AUGUGGGCUAGAAAUGAAGAAAAGGGUUUGAGAGAGAAUGAGAAUCGAAGUGGAAAUGGGAAUGAGAAUAAGAUGUGGAUAUUUGAUGAGGAAAUAGAAGAAAAGGGAGAAGCUGAGAUGGACCAUAUUAAAAGGUUGAGGGAUGUGAUUGUCGGUGUUUGUUGGUACGAGAAGGAUACGGAAGACGUAGCACCCACGGAUUACUACGAAAUAUCCCAAGAUCAAAAGGAAGCAGGCGUCGCGAGUGCGAGUGGAUGGAUGCAUGAUGCGAUGAGAGGAAGAAAGAUCUUUUAG